CCUCUUUAUAAGUAGGGAGGGAGGGUGGAAAGCCGUGACAGACUACGUAAAGGAGGAAAAGAGUAAAUGGGGCUCAUAAAGGGAGACAGGCUGCUGCUAUGACUGAUCUCAUAAUAUAUAAUGCAGAGCAGCUUCUUCCGUCAGUUUACAGCAGAUUAUGAGUGACGUGAAGGCCACUGCUAACCAAGAUCUUAGAUGACCCUACAGACUUGAAGAAUCUUCUCAUACUCAGUGUCUGCUUGAGCCCAAGAAAACAGAGAACAGUAUUUGCUCUUCAUGCAUUCUAAUCGGAAGGUGGAUCUGAAAAUCAAUAUUAUAGGUCCUAUGGGAACUGGAAAAACUUCUCUUUUGAACCAAUACGUACAUAAAAGGUUCCAAAAUGACUACAGAAACACAUUGGGAGCACACAUACUCACCAAAACCAUCCAACUCGAAAAUAAGACCCUGAAAAUGCAGAUCUGGGACACAGGGGGACAGGAACGAUUCCGCUCUUUGGUGUCCUCCUUCUAUAAGGGCUCCGAUGGUUGCUUUCUGGUCUUUGAUGUCACAGAUAAAGAAUCAUUUUCAACCGUCGAGACCUGGAGGACAGACUUUAUGGAUAAAAUACAGUCACCUAUUACUAAUUUCCCUAUAAUAAUUCUAGGAAACAAGAUUGAUCUGGAGGAUAGACAGGUCUCUCGGGAAUUAGCAGUUUCCUGGUGUAAAGAAAGAAAAAUUCUUUAUUUUGAAGUCAGUGCCAAAGACAACAUCAAUGUAGACCAGGCAUUUGAGACACUUGCCAAGGAAGCAUUAAUAUACUAUCAGGAGUGCAGAGAAAGUCACCUUACAGAUUCCAUCAAAUUAACUCAACUAAAAGACUCUCACACCAGUUCCUGCUGCUGACAGGAUGUGAUAUUACCAUACAAGAAACUGGUUUUCUAUAUCAAUGACAGAUAAUGAAAGCCAUCAAGUCGAAUGGACUAAUGUAUGGUGAUGAAAUAACUUGCUGCCUUGGUCAUUUAUUUAGACUCCUAUGGAGAACUAGAACAUCUUACAAUUGUUGCAUACUUUAUGCAUAUGGGAUAAGUUAAAAACAGCAUGUAAAGCAACACACAAAAUUCAGCAUUGAAGAAUUGUAUUAUGUUUUAAAUAGUACCAGAUUUCAAUGAUUUUUUAAAUCUUUAAAUUCCCCAAUCAUCCAAUUAAAAGUGUUCUGCUGCUUCACA